ACCUUUAAGAUACAAGGACAAGGACGUUACAGUUAUUUUCCGCAGAAGAGGAGGUGAUGAUCUGGAGCAGAGUCAUGAAAAGUGGGCAAGGACUGUAGAAACAUCACCAGAUGUGAUCAACAUGACAUUUACACCUAUUGUGUCAUUGCUUGAAGAGGUGCCUGGUAUAAAGUACCUGAGUCGUGCAAUUGAGCUAUACUUGGAAUACAAGCCACCAAUAGAGGAUUUACAGUAUUUCCUAGAUUUCCAAAUAGCUCGUGUGUGGGCUCCAGAGCAAAAUAACCUUCAAAGAAAGGAGCCUGUAUGUGCAUCCCUACAAUUCAGUUUGAUGGGUCCUAAGCUCUAUAUUAGCCCAGAUCAGGUAUUUUUCAUACUUUUGUCCAGAUUUCUGAACAUAUAGUCUUGCUAUUGUUGAAACAUAUGACAUUGAGUUGCGGAAGGAUCUUGCUUUUCCAAGUUUGCAUGACGUGCCUUGUGCUUAUUAGGACCAAAACAAAGAAGUACAACUUGGACUAGUUCUAAAGAAUGAUUAAACCAGUGCAAGUUCAUUAUGUCACUUGUUAUCAUCCAGUGUCCUGCUAAAUUUCUUUUAAUCAACCAAUAUUAUAUUUUACAAUCAUAAUGACUCAGCACAUUGAAACCAAAGGUCUAGGACUUGCCUCCAACAUGGUCUAAGAUACCUUGCCUGGAAUGGCUCCCACACUUCAUUUACACUGUAUUCAUAAAUGAUUGUUUAAUCAGCAGACUACUGUUUGGAUAAUCCCGAGCAUUAUCUUUAGAAUAGAGCGACUUAUAGCCUGUUUGGCCAAGCUUCUCCAAG